AUGAACAGUGAUACAUCGUCUUCAGCAACUUCACAAUACCAUGCUCAAUUAUACUCUGGACAGAAGCAAUUGCAAAAGCGGCACCAGUUACAGCAAGAGCAAAAGAAGCAGCUGUCUCUACCGCCUCAACAUCCAGCAAAACCAACAUCUCUCAAUUACAAAGUUCUAUCAUUUGAUGCACCCAACUUGUAUCAUACCUCGCUCAAAUUAACAACUGAAAUUGAUAUUCAUGCAUGGUGGGCUUCCUUGGUCAAGAUAUUCUCUGGCACAUCAUUCCAUGCUACUCGCAUUGCGCUCAGUAUCCCUCAAGAUCCAAACGACCCUUAUGCUGGUCCUUGGGGAUUGAAGGCAGUAUACAACAAGACAGGAUCCAUCAGCCGAGAACCAGAUCGUGUCGACACCAACAGCAAUGAAGAUCUAUAUUCAGGCACUGAUGAUACCAGAGAGGAUGAAACACAGUUUGACUAUUUCCUCCACAGUCACAGUGUACAUGAAACUUGCCCUCGACAUGUACCAUGGUGCUUUGAUCGUUUACAGCCAUUUGAAUCAGAACCUGAACCAUUGAUCAACAAUCCCAGCGUAUCUCGAAUUUUGAAGCGAAAUGCUCCUGUUGUUUUGUCCAGAGAAUAUAGAAGAAGAUCAUCAAACAGACAGUUUGGAACCGAGGAUUUGGGGCUAGAAAUCUUUAAAAGAGCAUUGAUGGAAGGAGACAAAUCUCGCUUAAAGUCGAAUUGGAGUUUACCCAUUAUUACCACACCUUGUUUUUCAAAAGAUGAAUCAUCAGAAAUUUUAGUGGAUGGCUCCAACAUUGAAAACGACGAUAAUAGCAGUAGUCAGCAUGACUCAAACAGCCACAAUGAACAUUCCAGCAGUGCAAAUACACCAUCUGCUAAUGCCACUUCAACCUUUUUGCAAGAUUUUGAUGAAUACGAGCAGCAGCAGCCAUCACCUUGGUCUCAAUCGCCUGCACCGUCACCUGCUAUCAUGGAUCCAGAAAUCAAUCCCUUUUUCCAGUCUCCUCCUGACAUUGACGAUGAAGCUUUCAAUCCCGUUUCACCCGAAUCUUACGACAAUCCCUCGAUUCCGUUUCCUCCUCCUAUAUCGAAUGUGCAUUCGAUCAUCCAUGUACCUUUAUUCCAUCCCUCUGACGUAAUUGAACCGACGCACCCUAAUACCAACUCCAUUAAUACAACUACUACUACAACACCUAAUGCAACCCUUUUUAAUAGCACCAGCACCACUAAUACGCAUGCCAACCAUCGAAGUCAGCAAAGCCAUCCUACACCCAUUGCCAUCUUGUCUUUCCUGGCGCCCAUUGUACCUUAUCCUCCCGUCCUGCUGUCUAGCAUUGCAUCUCUAUCACCCUUUAUUGCCGCUAGUUUCACCAAUGCCAAUGAAAAUGCUCAGUACAGAAAGCAAGGCCAGUUCUACAACAAUCGACGUAGCAACAAGCAAUCCAGCAGCGACGCAAAUAGACCCAAAAACUAUAGAAGAAGAUCAGCUAGAUCGCAAAAGAAACAAGAGUCGCAUUCUGAAGAUUCUGAUUCCAACAACGAAGCAGACUAUGAUGAUUUCUACAAGAGACAGCAGCAGAUGGCUGAUUCCACCACCACAACACCCACUGCUGCCUACAACCAUGACAAGAGGCCAGAUCAUUUGGGCUCCAUGUCCAACUUUACACGAAGCUCUCUUGAGACAGUGACCGAGCCCUUUGGCACACCAAGUGCACCCUGCACUCCCAACCAUCUUCAAGAACGCGAGCAGCCGCAACACAUCACCACUACCACAAACACAACGACGACAACCGAUUUCUCCUCGCCAUCUUCAUAUGACUCUACAUUCUCGGCUCAUGCAGAUGUCUUACAUAAAGGUGGUUUGUUAUUAGACGGAAACGAUGAACAGGCGGCCCACCAUGACAUAAUGGUACCGCCUGCCAGUCAACAACGAAAGCGAUCCUCUCAGACUUCUAUAGCGACUACAGAAUCAACAUGCUCCACAGCCAUCUCCAAGGAAAGACGGCAAUCCUCCAGUAAUCGAUCCUUCAAGGCACUGUCCCCUUCUUCUAUCGCUGUGAUGGAGGGUUGGGGUGCUGUGUCUCCCACAACAGGCCUCCCUAUCUCUGCCUCCAUUCCACCGCAUAACAUGUGCAGUGAUAAGAACUGUCUCAAGCAUCAAAAGAUCAAGGUUAAAAACGACUCAUUUUUGGACACAGAGGAUGAAGACGAGGGCGAUGAUGAUGAUGAUGAUGAAAUAUUUGCCAAAACAACAGAAACAGAUGACAGCUACAUGCACCAGCAUGACUUGGAUGACAAUGACUCGAUAGACGAUAUCAGCGCCAGCCUGUCCACGUCCAUCAACAAUCUCUCAAGUAUACCUGCUCAGCAUGCCACAAAGCCAAAAUCUGUGGUUUACAGACAACGAAAGAAGGCCAGACGAAGAUCCAGAUAUAAGCGGCAAAACAGUAAUGGCAGUCGAAAGCAGUACGACGAUGAUGGAUUUCACUAUCACCAGACACGCAGCACCAGCCAUCACCAUCGCAACACUGGUGUAGAUCGGUUCCUGGUAGCACCCAAGUCUAGCUUACUGCGUCUCAUCAUUGAUGGCAUCCCUAUUCAUGUCUUUACCUGCUCUACCGCAUCUGGCCAAGUAACGUGGGUCAAUAAUCGCAUGCUUCAAUAUACUGGCAGGUCCCUCAAAGACCAUCUCGGUCCCAAAUGGCUAUCUCAUAUGCAUCCUGAUGAUCAGCCCGAGUGCAAAAAGGCGUGGGAGCUGGCUUACGAACAAGGCAAUGGGUUCGCCGGUGAAUACCGUUUAAAGCGGUUUGACGGAGUCUACAGAUGCUUCCUAUGGCGCAUUGUGCCGCUAAGAGAUUUAAAGGGUAAAAUUAUGCACUGGUUUGGCACCUGUACAGAUGUACACGAUCAGCAUGUGGCAAAAGAAAGCAGCCUGCGCCAAGUCGAAAUUGAAAGCAACGAGAGAAAAUAUCGCUUACUGGCAGAGGCCAUCCCUCAGAUCGUAUUCACAUUCUCGCCUGGUGCUGGAUUGACUUAUACAAAUGGGAAAUGGAGUCAGUAUGCAGGCAAGUCCUUUGAACAAACUAUGGGUCUCGGUUUUAUGUCUGGUGUCCACCCCGAAGACCGUGCAAAACUUCAACUACCUGAUCUGCCUGCGUUGCCUAACAGAGCAGGUGUUUCAUGGCAGAGUGAGAUUCGUCUCUUGAGUGCGCAUGAAGAGUAUCGGUGGUUCCUGGUCAAAUGCGUCUCUGUGGAUGAGCUGGAGACAGGCGAUGUUCGCUGGUUUGGUACCUGCACUGAUAUCAAUGAUCACAAGCUGCUGGAGAAGAAGCUCAAGGAAGCUCAUGAUGCUGCUCAGCGGUCCACAGAAAGCAAGACGCGGUUCCUGUCCAACAUGUCGCAUGAAAUCCGUACGCCUCUGAUUGGUAUUACUGGCAUGCUCAACUUUCUGCUUGACACUGAGCUGACAGCCGAGCAGAUGGACUAUGUACACACGAUCCAACAAUCUGCUGAAUCUCUGUUGGUGGUGAUUAACGACAUUUUGGAUUUGAGUAAGGUGGAGGCUGGCAUGAUGAAAUUAGAAUGGGAGCCUUUCAGUCUGGUCACCAUGAUUGAAGAUGCGAAUGAACUGCUGUCCACGUUGGCUAUCCAGAAAGACUUGGAGUUGAGUUUCUGGGUGGACGACGAUGUGCCUGAUGUGGUGGUGGGCGAUCGCGUGCGUCUGAGACAGGUCAUGUUGAAUCUCAUUGGCAAUGCUAUCAAGUUUACUGCCGAAGGCGAAGUGUUUACCAAAUGCACAGUGCAGCGAUGCGACAAGGACGAAUCCGAACUGACCUUACUAUUCGAAGUGGUCGACACGGGUGCUGGUUUCGACGCCAUGGAAGAGUCUGUCAUGUUCAAGCCCUUUUCACAGGUGGAUAGUUCAAGCACACGAAAGCACGGUGGCAGUGGUCUUGGUUUGGUCAUCUCUCGUCAACUGAUUGAACUACAUGGUGGUGUUAUGAAAUGCCGCAGUCAAAAAGGAAAGGGCUCUACCUUCUUCUUUACGGUUAAGUUUGGCAUCCCCACCUCACAAACAAAGCCUCUGCCGCAAACACCUCAAAAUGAUAGCAACCAUGAUCCUUUCUUUAGAUCCAACGGAUAUGGAAACAACAAUACAGCCCAAGCCAUUGUGGAAUCCUCAGCCGACGAAAGGAACCUGUCGCCACUGCCAUUUGUAAAUAAGAACAGCACCCAAGACAAGCAACAACAUAUAUCCACCAUCAUGGCAUCCUCUUCUGACAAACAGAGUGAAUCUUCACCUGCUGAUAUUCUGCAAGAUGUCUUGAUGACCAAGGCUGCUUCCAUGCAGCUCAAGCCACCACCUAUCCGCAAUACCAACAUGGCUUCUACCACAGCAGUAGCAGCAGUGGCAGCAGCAGCCACAGCAGCCACCAACAUUGGUAACAAGGUCAUGCUCAACGCGCUACCACCCUUGUCUGGCGUCUCAUCCACGCUGCUAGAGAAUAGUGCUGCCAUAAACAGCAAGAGCAACAACACACCUACCCUGUCCCUAAUUGCCACGGAUAAUGCCAACAACCAACUGAAGCCUUGUGAGCCUCGUAUUCCUACUAUUGGCACUGGACCUGGCAGUCUGUCAACGUCGCCUGUGAUUCAACCGCCUCGCACACCAACGAGCGCAUCACCACUGCGAGCACUGAUUGUAUCGCAAUGGGAGCAUUCUCGUGAGUCUAUGGAAAAGCAUGUCAAAUCCAUCCUAGGCAGCAGUAUCAGCAACGACUGUGGCAUCAACUCGAAUAUCAAGCACUAUCAAGUAGACACACUGACAAACCAGAUUGAGGCUACUGAAUGGCUUACAGAUCCACAUACACCUGCCUACGACUACAUCAUGAUCAACCUGUCUUCUGAGCAACAGAUUCUAUCGCUGACAAGAGCCAUCUGCGGAUCAUUACAGCAGCAAAAGGCUAAUGUGUUGGUUGUUACUACGCCCAUGCAACGAUCGCUGAUCACAGAGAGCGCCAAGGGCCGUGAAGACCAAGUGAUUCCUCACACAUGUGGUUUUGUAUUCAAGCCUUUGAAGCGAACCAAGCUGCGGUGGUAUUUCGGUGUGCGCCAACAAGAGAUCAAACAUGGUAUUCAGCUAGACGGUACUUAUGGCCCCAACAGUAGCGCUGUGUCUACGCCCGAUACGCCGCAUAGAAGAGCAGCGAGCCAGAAAGAGAUUUUUAGACGCAUGGCUACUGAUGUGGGAGGCAAAGGAUUCCGAGUGUUGUUGGUGGAAGACAACUUGGUAAAUCAAAAGGUGCUGACCCGGUAUCUCACACGUGUUGGACUCAAUGUCGACAUUGCAGUGCAUGGUGGUGAGUGUAUAGAGCUAUUCCACAAGCAUCCCAAAGACUAUUACUGCCUGAUUUUGUGUGAUUUGUUUAUGCCUGUGAAAGACGGCUAUGAAACGACACGUGAAAUCCGGGAAUGGGAAAAGCAACAUCUAGCACCCAACGAGAAGCCCAAGCCGAUUGUAGCGCUUUCUGCCAACGUCAUGAGCGAUGUAGCCAACAAAUGCCUCGAAUGCGGCUUCUCCACCUACAUCUCAAAGCCUGUCAAUUUUGCUAUUCUCAGUGAUGUGAUUCGAGGUUAUUUGCUGGAUUAA